AUGAGUAAUGAUGAAUAUGGAAUAUGCGAAGAUUGUACAAAUCUAAAAACCGGGUCUUUGUGGUGUAAUACGUGCAAUGCGAAAAGAUUAAAAGAUGAAUUUCCAAAGUGGACCAGCGGCAACAAUGAAAUUGAUGGUUAUAUUCAAGAGUCACAACUCAAAUGCAAAAAUAACGAUGAGUUUGUCGAAUGGAUUCCUUUCGAAAGAUUUAAAGAUGUGGAAUUUAUCGCGAGUGGAGGUUUUGGAAGUGUGUUCAAAGCAACUUGGAUGGAUGGGUACAUUGACUUUUGGUCUAAUACGGACAAGAGAUGGAAAAGAAAUAAAAAAGGGUUAGCAGUCUGCCUGAAGAGUCUUCAUAAUUCCAUGAAUAAUAUAAAAGGAUUUCUGGAGGAGGUGGAUAGUCAAAUGAGACUUCGGAAAAUAGUGUACACAAUCUCCAUCUACGGCAUUACCAAAAACCCUAAGGAAAACGACUACAUGAUGGUCAUGGAUUAUGCCAAGGGCGGAAACCUUAGAAAAACAUUGAAAGAAAAUGCUAAUAAAUUAACCUGGAAAGAUAAACUGGUGAUUUUACAAUCUAUAAUCACUGGGCUUGACGAGAUUCACCGAGCAGGAAUGGUGCACAAAGAUUUUCACUCGGGUAAUAUUGUCAUGGAAAGUCUGACUUGCGCAUGCAUCACGGAUUUUGGCUUAUGCAAACCAAUUGGUGGAGCUCAUGACGCCGAAAGCACAAAUAUUUACGGUGUACUUGCUUAUGUAGCGCCAGAGGUAUUAAAGGGUCGAGAAUAUACAAAAGCUUCGGACAUAUACUCCUUCGGAAUUGUUAUGUCCGAGGUUCUUACUGGAAAUCCGCCUUAUCACGAGAUUCCCCAUGAUGGAAAACUUGCAACGAAAAUAUGUAUGGGUUAUCGUCCUAAAAUCCGGUGUAAGGUUCCUCAGUUAUUUUUGGAUUUGAUGAACAAGUGCCAAGAUGCAAUACCCGAGAAUCGACCAACAUCUCAAGAAAUACAUGAAACUAUCUACAAAUAUUGGGUGGAUCUGUUUGAUAGUGACAGCGAAUCUGAAAUAUCCAAACAGUGUAAAGAAAUCGAAAAAUCUGGUGCAAACUUAUCAACACAUGAUCCAGGCAAAUCGACAGCAAGCAAUUACACCACUAACCUGCAUUCUAUUUAUACAAGUCAGCUUUUGGAUUACAGGAAUCUGCCCGAACCUGUUAAUAGUACAGCGGAGAUCAAACAACUUGAAUAUCGGAUCCAAGACAUUUCUAUAGUCGAUGACGAAGACGACGAAGAACAAUAA